AUGGAGAACAAGCGGCUCGCCCAAGAGCCGGGAAUCACGCGGGGCCCGUGCAGAACCGGGGCUCGCCGAGCCUUUGGGGACAAAUCAGACGGUCCCGGGCAGUGCCACGCGUGGCCGAUCCCUCGGCGCAAAGCGAUGCCCGAGGACAAGCGAGGCUCUGGCUACACCGCAGCCCCCAGCCCCAGCGGGGCUCAGAGCCGGGGCGAGCCGGGGACACCGAGCCCGCUGCUGCCGCGCUGCCGGCGGGACCCCCGCGCCCCCCGCGCCCCUUACCCGGCUCCGCCGCCCGCGGGUCCCGCGGCUCCGCCGGGGGCGGCUCCCGGCCCGCCCCGCCCCGCCGAGGGCUCGGCAGCGGCCGCCGAUCCCAUUGGCACGGGAGCACCCGCGCCGGGAGGGGCACCGGGAUGCCCCGGCUCGGUCCGUGCGCGGCUGCUGGAGCAGCUCCCGGAGGAGAUCCCGCGACCCCGCCGCUGUUUCCUCUCGCUGCUCGUUUACACUGGAAGCGGUCCAGGUCGCUGCAGCGUUCCAGGAAAAGGAGGCGAGUCCCGGCACGUCGCGGAGCAGCGGGUGCCGCUGGAAUCCAGGUGGAUCCAGGUGGAUCCAGAGAUUGGGAAGGUUUCAGCUCCUCAGAAUCCUCAGGUGCUCCCGGCUCCGAUGAUCCAGUCACGGAGGGCUUUGAUUUACAGCGUGUCGCAGAAUUCCUGGGGACAGCAGCCGGGAGCGGCUCCUGCUCGGAGUUUGCACCGCGCCCGGUGGAGCGAGAGGAUCGGAGCUUUUUUUGGGGGGAAAAAGGAGCGGCUGUGCGGCUCCACGGCCGCGGGGAAGAGCCCGUCCCUUGUCCCGGGGACACCGGUGGCACUCGGAGCCGGGACACCGCGACGCGGAGCCCUCCUGGCCACGCUCAUUGCCACACCCAGACCUCGCCCAGCACGCCGAUUUCCCCGCCCAUGUCCCCACCCAUAAAACCUUAACCCCGCCCUGUGGCCACACCCGCCUGUCACUGACCUCACUGCCGUCCCUCCCCUUUGUCCCUGGCCACGCCCAAUGACUCCGCCCCAUUUUUAGCUCCGCCCUCCGACCCCACCCAUGCCCCACCCAGUAACUGGCCCCGCCCCAAAGUGAUCACAGGCCACGCCCCCUGGCCCAACCACGCCCCCAGCCCACCCCUCAUUCACUGGCCACGCCCCAAAUUGAUCCCAGGCCACGCCCCCUGCCCUAACC